AUGUCGCAGAAUAUCACACUUGGCAAAGCCCUCAAGCUUGCUGCCGUCCAGGCAGCACCUAUCUUUCUGAACAGAACUGCCACGACCCAAAAAGUCGCGGAUUUGAUACGUCUAGCCGGCACGCAAGGUGCAGAUGUCAUCGGUUUCCCGGAAGGCUUCAUUCCAGGAUAUCCGGGCUGGCAUGCUUUGCUGUCCGAUGGCGAUCCGCUCACAACGUCACUUUACCUCCAGCUUUUCGAUCAAGCGGUUGAAGUCCCGGGACCCGAGAUUGAUCGCCUGCAAGAAGCUUGCAGAGAGGCCAAUGUCACUGCUGUGAUUGGUGUCAAUGAACGCCCCCCCAACACCACCGGAACUUUAUACAAUACUCAAGUCUUUAUCGGCUCGGAUGGAACGCUUCUACAUAAACAUCAAAAGCUUGUGCCUACAGUCGGAGAACGGUUAAUACAUGCAUCUGGUACAACUGGCAGUAAAGCGUCGGUACAAGCGGACUUUGGCGGGUUGAGCGGUCUUGUCUGCGCGGAAAAUGGGAAUCCGCUCUCACAGUACUCCGUAGGACUGGGUUAUCCUGUUGUACAUGUAGCAUCGUGGCCCCAGUUCCUCACUUACGGUAUGGACGUAAAUGAUUUGAUCCAGGUCGCAGGUAAGGCGGUUGCGAACGCGGUAGGGACGUAUGUUAUCAACGCAGCUUCCGUGGUCGAUGAUGCUGAGAUCGAAUUAUAUGGUACUGAUGAGAAAAUCCGGACAUUCAUGCGAGAAGAGCGACAGAGAAGGAGAGCUAGUAUCUUUGGACCGGGUGGCGUAGAAGUCGCGCGAGCCCGGAAUGGAUCUAAUGAGGAAAUACUGUAUGCCGAAGUCGAUGCUGGCGCCGUCAGGGCAUUCAAACAUAUUUUUGAUUUCGCUGGACAUUAUCAAAGACCGGAAGUCUUUGCAACCCUCUUUGAACAGUAUCUCAGCGGUACUAAGUAG